AAUCGAGGUAAGCUUCUCGAAGAAUCGACGAAAAGGUCAAAUCUUAUCGCUCAGAUUUUGGUUCCCUAAUUCUCGUUCAUGGCGGGUUUAUCUAACCUGAAAAGGGUUCUUGGUUCUUCUCUCCAUCGAGGAGGGACGGGAAAUUUGGCUGCUGAUUCGGAUAUUGCGUUUCGGGGUUUUGGCUUUCUGAAUGUAAGGGCUUUUUCAUCUGUUGAAGUUGUCGAAACUGGUAAUUGGCAAACCCAGGAUGAAGUGAAACUCCAUAAAGUCCGUUGUUUGCUGAGUGAGUAUGGAUUCACGACUGACCAAAUAACCAGAGUUUACAAGUAUUCUCCAUCAAAAUUUAGAACUGCGGAGACACUUUCACCAAAGCUUGCAUUUUUUAGGUCUAUUCUUGGUCCAAAUGAUGAUGUUGCGAGGGUUGUCGCAGCAAAUCCUCAAAUGUUAUGCUAUAGUUUGGAGAAUAAACUCAUGCCUAACUACCAGUUCGUGAAAUCUAUUCUUGGCCGGGAUGAGUUAGUUGCUAAAAGCAUUAGACGAUCGUCAUCUCUCUUGUACAUGGAUGUUCAAAAGAAUUUGGCUGUUAAAGUUUCUUUCCUCAGAGAAUCUGGUCUCCCCUGUUCUUCCAUCGCCAAAUUAAUGGAGCAUUCUCCACGUGUGCUUGCCAUGUCUUCUUUUUCUAAACUCGAGGAAUCUGUGAAGAAAGCAAUGAAUUUGGGGUUUGAUCCUUCGAACCCUGUGUUUGUCUCUGCUAUCAGGGCGAUAUGUCAGAUCAAUGGAUCAAUAUGGGAUCGGAAGGUUGAGCUGUACAGGAAAUGGGGAUGGUCAAAUGAUGACUUUCUCUCGGCUUUCAAGAAGCAUCCUUUCAUUAUGUGUAUAUCAGAGGAGAAGAUAAACAAAGGGAUGGACGUGUUUCUGAACAUAUUCGGUUUCAGAUCUUCAGAUAUUGUCAAGUACUCGUAUCUCAUGCUCUUAAGUGUGGAAGAGAGAAUCGUGCCUAGAUGUUCAGUCAUUGCCCUUUUGGUCUCAAAGGGCUUUCUAGAUGAUAGCCCUUCUACUUAUGCAAAAGCCCUUUGCGCAAGGGAGGAGAUUUUCGUUGAAAGGUUUGUUGAUAAAUAUCCAGAGCAUGUUCUUGAGCUUUGGCAAAAGGUUCGACGAAAAGCUGUUGUUUGAUUUAGGCAUUCUAUUUGGUCUUUGCAGCCUUUAAUCAUUCUAUUACUUUAUAUG